UGCUUAUUCCUAGCCGAUAAAGGGGGGGACGGGGGGACUCUGGUGCACACAGAGACCGCCCCUCAGAGAUAUAAGUGAGGAGCCCGGCCAGGGGAACCAGGGAGCAUAAGAGCUGACAUCCUGGCUGGUGAUUCCCACGUACAGCACCAUGGAGAAAGUGAGGAGAUGCCCCCCACUCGCCCAGCUGCCCCCCAGACACUCCGCCUUCCUGCUGCUCCUCUGCCUGUCCACGCUCAUCCUGCCGGGUAAGGGGGAAGACCCCAGACUGUCGCUGUCUCAGGAGGAUAACAGCCUGGCCAUGACCCUUGGAGAGAUGCUGCAAUACAACCAGGACAAAGGCAUCAGUCUGGAGAAGAAAGCCAGCCAAGUGCCCAGGUGUGAUGUAGGAGAACGAUGCGCCAUGAAACACGGGCCACGGAUUGGCAAGCUGUGCGACUGCCUGCGAGGAGCCUCCUGCAAUUCAUUCAUGCUGCGGUGCUACUAGCCGGCGGGGUCCCGUCCUCAGGGGCCCCACAUCUCAUAUGUUAAUAUGACUGGUACCCUGUGCUGUGCCUGACCUCCUAUCUGUGUGAUGUACCCUCACCCUCUGAGGAAUGUAAUAAUAGCCCUCAUGCUCCCUAUAUGCCUCUCCUGCCCCAGGGGUGGAGUCAUAAUGACCCCCCUCUGCUUCUUAUUAAUCCCAUUCUCCGCACUGUAAUAAAAUGGCAUUACUGACCAAAAUAUCUCCAAGUGAUUAAUAAUGUCCCGGCUCUUCCCGCUCUCAUAACUCCCCCACAUAAUCCCCUUUGUGACCCCACAGCAAAGCAUCACUGUCACUGAGCCCCUAUGUACACUCUCAUGUCACACACAGCUACAGGCUCCGGCACCUGUGACUCCUGUACCCUGAGCCAGCCAUUUGCAGGGGCAAAACCUAGUCUCUGCGCUGCCAGCGUGGGGCAGCUACACUCGCUAUGGGUGUAGAUAUCACCCUGAUGUAGUUUUAAUUUGACACCUACAACCUCCUGCCUUGUCUGAAUGUCUUCAA